GCCGGAGUGUGUGCGAGGGAGGGGGAGGGCGUCGGGGGGGUGGGGGGAGGCCUUCCGGUCCCCGGGAGACCCGCGGAAGGAGGCGGAGGCUACGAGGGACUCCGGGAAGCCAUGGACGUCGAGAGGCUGCAGGAGGCGCUGAAAGAUUUUGAGAAGAGGGGGAAAAAGGAAGUUUGUCCGGUUCUGGAUCAGUUUCUUUGUCAUGUAGCCAAGACUGGAGAAACAAUGAUUCAGUGGUCCCAGUUUAAAGGCUAUUUUAUUUUCAAACUGGAGAAAGUGAUGGAUGAUUUCAGAACUUCAGCUCCUGAACCAAGAGGUCCUCCCAACCCUAAUGUCGAAUAUAUUCCCUUUGAUGAAAUGAAGAAAAGGAUACUGAAAAUUGUCACUGGAUUUAAUGGUAUACCUUUUACUAUUCAGCGACUAUGUGAAUUGCUCACAGAUCCAAGGAGAAACUAUACAGGAACAGACAAAUUUCUCAGAGGAGUAGAAAAGAAUGUGAUGGUUGUUAGCUGUGUUUAUCCUUCUUCAGAGAAGAACAAUUCCAAUAGUUUAAAUCGAAUGAAUGGUGUUAUGUUUCCUGGAAAUUCACCAAGUUACACUGAAAGGUCUAAUAUAAAUGGACCUGGAACACCCAGGCCACUUAAUCGACCAAAGGUUUCUUUGUCAGUCCCCAUGACAACAAAUGGCUUACCUGAGAGCACAGACAGCAAAGAGUCAAACUUAAAGCAAAAUGAGGACAAAAAUCACAGUGACUCUUUGACAUCUGAAUCAGAAGGUUCCUCAGUGAGCCCUAUAAAAAAUAAACAUCCAGAUGAAGAUACUGUGGAAGCUGAGGGGCAUGAGGUAAAAAGACUCAGGUUUGACAAAGAAAGUGACGUCAGAGAGAUGGCCAGUCAAACAUCUUCCAGUGAAAUUUCUUCAGUUAUGGUAGAAGAAACAGAAGCUGCAUCUUCAUCUCAGAAUAAAGACAAAGAAAGUAGUUGUACCAGGCAGCACUGUACAGAAGAGGAUGAAGAAGAGGAUGAAGAGGAAGAAGAAGAGUCUUUUAUGACAUCAAGAGAAAUGAUCCCAGAAAGAAAAAAUCAAGAAAAAGAAUCUGAUGAUGCCUUAACUGUGAAUGAAGAGACUUCUGAGGAAAAUAAUCAAAUGGAGGAAUCUGAUCUGACUCAAGUUGAGAGAGGUUUACAUUCUGAAGGUAGUGAAAAUACAGGCCCUGUAAGUAGUUCCAAUUGCCAUGAAACGGAAGAAUUAAUAGGAUCCAAUUCCAGUAAAACUGGAGAGAUUCUCUCAGAAUCAUCCAUGGAAGCCACAGAAGUCACAGAUGAACCAAUGGAACAAGACUAACUAUUUAGAAAUAUUUAGAUGCAGUAUUUUACAUACAGUUCUGGUUUUACACUGUAUAAAUCUUUUAUGUAAUAAAGUGGACCUUUAGUUUUACAAGAGAAGCAGGUUGUAAAAUAAAGUACUUUAUGGGAUAAAUCCUGAAAGAGUUGUACAUGUAAGAACUGUGAAUAUCAGCUCCUCUGGGUCCUGCUUACCGCUGACUUUUUUUGGUCUGGUCAAAUCAGUGGUUUGUGUAUAGUUUUUUUUUUUUUUUUUUUUUUUAUUUAGAGUUAAAAAUUUUAAACUGGAAGAUAAUAAUUAUAAUUUUGAAAACUUUUGGAGAUUAUCACAUUUAGUUUAUACAUAUGCAAGAAAGCUUUUUGUCUUGUCUCUUUCUGACAGCUCUAGCAGUUUUCAUAUUUUGGUCAUAGUUUCAACAUUUUAACAUGUGAAUUAUAGGCUUUCAUGUUGGUUUCCAGAUUUUAUUGUUUGACUAUGUACUAUGGAACUUUAAGUCAUAUAUACAUAUAUAUAUAUUAUUCUAAGGGGGGAAAUGUUAUAUUUUUCUUUUUCUAUAAGAGAUGAAUACAGUGGAUACUUUUUCUAUUGGUAAUGAUUGAGUUCACCUCUUUCAGAAGACAGUUUCUUUCUCUUCUGAGUAAUUCAAAUAAAAUCUGGCCCUUGGGAAACCCUGGAAAUCUUAAGUCUGUUGAAAUACCAGGUUAAACACAUUCCAAGAGAUCUGUUCAAACUAAAAUUCUUUUGUAUACUUCUGAGGUGCCUGAGAAAAAGACUUCAUUAUUUAUGAGAAAAUGUGCUUUAUCUUGGAAAUUGUGUUCAAACAUUAGCUUACUAUUUUGUAGAAUGAAUGCUUAUAAAGCUGACACGAGACCAUCUCAGAAGAACCAGGCAGGUUCCUUUACCUUUUGCUUGCUUUUCUGAACAGUGUGAAUACUACACAUUUCUUUCUAAAUUAUUCUAGAGUAUACAGAUGUCAAUGGUAUGAAACACCACUGUACUGGAAGAAUUAAUAUAUUACUUUAGUAAUGUACCGGAGCUAAAUGACUGAAGCUUUAGGGGUACAUAAAAACCACCGUAAUUUGUAUGACAUUUUGAAGUGAAUUAAAUAUUUUUGAACAUGCUUCUUCGACAGCCAGUGUUAUAUUUUUCAGAUCAACACAAAGCACAAUGGUUAUUCUAAACUCAAUAUUUUCAAAUUCACAUAAUUUAAAGUCAUGCAAGCUGCAAUUUCCCUGUCUAAAUUACUGGCUGCCAAAUUUAUACCUGUUUCUUCAGCUGUACCUUUUGAUAUUUAGAAUUUUUAAAUUUCUGUAAAGUAGAUUUUGUAGAAUGUAAUGUGUUCACUGCCUUUGUGAAGCGGUAUAUAAUUGUAUAAUUUCUGUGUGUAAACUGAAUGCUUGGGCUUUCAAUACAGUAUUCAUAUAAAGCAAUAAAUAUUAAUGUUAUGAAAUAUUUGAGUACAUUUUUAUCAAAAUAUAUAGGAAUCCCUUUUUUUAAUUUCAGAUACCUGAAGUACACAGAUGAACUUAUAAAACUGAUGCAAACAUUUUCUGACACUGUAUCAUAUGCUCUGGGGUGAUUUGGGCGGCAACCACAAGUUUUGCAUUUUGCCUACUUCAGUUGCUAUGACUAAAAAUACCAAAAUGAGUUGGCUCCGUUUAUGUCUGUAGGAUAUUAUACUACUGACU